CUUCGAGUCGCGCGCAUGGGUCCACAUCGCCCGACUCGCGUGUUCAACGCUGACCACGACCACAACCAUGGCGUCCAAUGGUGAAGAAACCGCGCCCUUGCUCUCGAAUAGUCGCCCCUUUGCGCGCUCCGACGAGGAACAUGAAGCGCACGAACGCAUCGCUCGCGCAGCCAAAGUGCGCGUAAUCGUCUCAGGGGUGCUCACUGCGGUUUUCGUCGCGGCCCUCAUUGUGAUGUUCGUCGCCGCGGACAAACUCAACCUUGGCACUGGAGACAGAGGAACGUUGCCGAAGGAUCCGUUGAAGGCGGCUCAUGUCAUUUUGAAAGAAGCCCCAAUCAUCGAUGGGCACAUCGAUCUACCUAUCCUUGCCCGCGGGCUGUACUCGAAUAAUGUCACGGCCAUCGACCUUGAGAAGGAGAUGCCUGCUCACGUAGACAUCCCCCGUCUGAAGAAGGGCCAAGUAGGUGGCUUCUUCUGGUCGGUCUACGUCGGCUGCCCUGACGGAGACUCUGCUGGACCGGACUUCCUCAACGCAACCUGGCGCGUCAGGGACACGUUAGAACAGAUCGACGUUGCGAAACUGCUCAUCGAGAAGUACCCGGAUACUUUCCAAUUGUCUUUGGGAACUGGCGAUGCGAAAGAGGCCAUCAUCCGCGGCAAGAUUGCCAGUUUCCUCGGCAUCGAAGGCGGCCACCAAAUUGGCAACUCGCUUGCUGCCCUCCGCCAGUUUUACGAACUCGGUGUUCGCUAUAUGACCCUUACGCAUUCGUGCCACAACGCUUUCGCGGACUCGUGCGGCAUUCUGGAACCCAUCGAACCUCUGCAUGGCGGUCUCAGUGAGAUUGGACGCACGCUUAUCCACGAGAUGAACCGCCUCGGGAUGCUCGUCGACCUCUCACACACCUCUGACGCGACGGCCGCCCAGGCGAUCAAACUGUCCAAGGCGCCCGUCAUCUGGUCCCACUCUUCAGCAAGGGCAAUUGCGAACGUACCCAGAAAUGUGCCCGACGAGAUCCUGAAGUUGAUCGGCACCGGGAAGGAUCAGACGGAUGCCGUCGUCAUGGUUAACUUCGCGCCUUUCUUCGUCUCCAAACCUCCUGAGAAGGCGGACCUCAAACUCGUUGCCGAUCACAUCGACCAUAUCGGAAACGUGGCUGGCAGGAAGCAUGUCGGUAUCGGGAGCGACUACGACGGUAUUGGUAGCACGCCGGCUGGACUGGACGACGUAUCCAAAUAUCCCGAACUUAUUGCGGAGCUGUACUCGCGCGGAUGGACUCGCCGCGAACUUGCAGGUCUCGCUGGCGGAAAUCUGAUCCGUGUUUUCGAAGGCGCGGAGAAAGUUGCCAGCGAGUUGAGGGCCUCUGGCGCGAAACCUGCCAUGGAGGUAUACCACAAAAGACAGGAUCUAUGAGACGCGCUGCAUUGGAAAAUCAAGUCGGAUAUAGCUUGCGUACGAAUUAUGCAUGUAUUGCAUCUGUUGGCCUGUUGCAAUGUGAAUAUGGUAUCCCUUUGUCAGCCACUGUUAUCCGAAACGAGACAGAAAUGUGAAUCGACGGUCAUGGUUGACCAGCCAUCUUUC